AUGUCCACUACUUUUGAAGAACAAAACGAACAAAUUCCUGUUCCUGUUGAAACUGUCCCUGCCUCUGCCUCUGAAGAAAUCAAUCAAUCUGCCGCUGAUGAUGUCAAUGUUACAAUUGAAAACUCUGAAGACGCUUCAGUUGCUACACAAGGAACUGAUGCCACUGCUGCCACCUCAACUACUGAACCAGCUAUUGUUCAACCAAAAGUGGUAUUACCAUCUUUAAAGGAUUUACCAUCUUUAAGUUCCAACUCUGCUUUCGCUAACUCUAAGGUCUCCUGGGGUCCAAACAUGAAACCACAACCUGUUCCUGUUUCAAACUUCUCGACUCCAUCUUUAUCUUCUUCAUCCUUGUCACCAUCCCCAGUUUCUGCUGCUAAACGUAUGCGUUCCAGAAACAUUCAAGAAACUUUCACUUUGGACCUACGUUCUCAAUUAUCUAUCACCAAACCUGAAUUGUCUCGUAUCGUUCAAAACGUCAAACAGACCUACAACGUCUCUGUCGAAUCCACUUUAUCCAAGAAUUCUCGUACAUUCUUAAUCUCCGGUAUCGCUGAAAAUGUUCAAUCUGCCAAGAGAGACUUAGUCAAGAAAUUAACUAGACCAAUCGACGAUUCUAUGACUGUUCCAGCAAGAUGUAGAGCUGCCAUCAUUGGUGCCGGUGGUAAAACCAUCCGUGAAAUCUCUGAUCAAUUCGAAGUCAGAAUCAACUUGGCAAGAGAAAAUAACCCAGAUUCAUACGAUGAAGACUUGAAUGAUUUCACCGUGGAUGUCCACUUACAUGGUGAUUUUGAAUCUGUUAAUUUGGCUAAACGUAAGAUUGAAGAAAUUGUGAAAGAAGAAACAAAGACUCUAAACAUUAGAGUUCCUGUGGAAGACGCCAAGAUUGCUCAAUUCGUUAACUUAUCCUCUUUGUCUAUCCCUGAUGAUGUUAAAUGUGUAUUUUACCAAGAUUCUGCCGAAGUCGCCAUUUCAGGUCCUCGUGAAGAUGUUAAAUCCACAAAGGUUCAAGUACAAGAUUUCUUGAACCAGUUAUCAUCCACGUUGACUGAGGAAAAAGUUAAGAUUCCAACUAAGUUCCAAUUCUUAAUUGACGCUAAACAAUUGAAGGAAGAAUUCAAUGUUAUCGUUACUUUCCCUACUGAUCCAACCGAUGAAUUAGUUUCAUUUGUUGGUCAAGCUGAUAAAGUGAAAGAAGCAAUAGAAUUUGCUAGAUCAAAUUCUAAGAAAUUCGUCGUCGACUCCUUGGAUAUUUCAAAAUCUCACAGUAAGAAUCUAGUCCACGCUAAGAACUUGGCUUUGUAUUUCAUCAAAUAUAACGUUUUGAAACCAAUUGAAGAUGCUUACCCAGAUGUUAAAAUUGUCUUACCAGCUGUUUCCACUUUGAAAGAUACUCCAAACGUUACCAUUCAAUUAAGUUCGAAAUCUGAUUCCUCUAAUGAAAUUAAAUCUGCUCGUAAGGAAUUGAUUAGUUUCGUCAACAGUAUCACUCCAUUAGAAACUUUAACGAUUUCUGAUUUAGAUUAUGAAUUAUUCCAUAAAUCCAUACAUCACAUCUUACUAGCUACAGAAGAUGAAGUUCCAUACGUUCAAGUGGGUGACUAUUUCCAUAACAAUGAUGAUUCCAUUGUUUUAUUCUCCAAGGCAUCCGAUGAAGAUUUCAAACCAUCUGCAGAAGAAACAAUGGAACGAUUAGAAAAAAUUAAUCUCAAUUUGGAUCCAUUACGUACCAAGCAAAAAAAUAUGUCCACAAAGACAUUCGAACUACCUGCUGAAAUUCAAGACGACUUGCUAGCUGGUCAAGAUAACGUCACAUUGAAAUUAAUCCUUGAUGAAGUAUCUCAUGAAGAAGGUAACAUUCAAAUCAGGUUACAUACUCCAGAUGCCAACCACAUUUCCAUCAGAGGUGACGAAAAAGCGGUCAAGAUUGUCCACAAAGCAUUGAACUCCAUCGUGGAAAAUCCAUCUAAGAAAUCUAAGUUGACCGUGGAAAUUCCAAACAACACAGUCGCAAGAUUAGUCGGUACCAAAGGUGCCAAUUUGAAUCAAAUCCGUGAAAAAUUCAAUUGUCAAAUUGAUGUCCCUAACCAUGACGCUAAGGACAAUGACAAGACCGUCGAAGUUACUUUAACUGGGUUAGAGUAUAAUUUAACUCAAGCUAAAAAAUAUAUAGUUGCUGAAUCUAAGAAAUGGGCUGAUAUCAUCACUAAGGAAUUGAUUGUCCCACAAAAAUUACAUCGUAAUUUGAUUGGUGCUAACGGAGUUUACCGUAAUCGUUUGCAAGAUAAAUACAAUGUUUUCAUUAAUUUCCCAAGAACUAGCGACAUUGUUACUAUUAGGGGUCCAUCUCGUGGUGUUAAGCAAGCUUAUGAAGAAUUGAGUGCCCUUUUGGAAUUUGAAAGAGAAAACGGAUACAAAAUGGUUAUUAAUGUUCCAGCUGAACAUGUUCCAAGAGUUAUUGGUAAGAAUGGUUCAACAAUUAAUGAUAUCAGAGCUGAUUUCGGCGUUGAGAUGGAUUUCUUACAAAAGAAUACUGAUCUUAAAGUUAAAGAAACUGGUGAAGUGGAAUUGGAAAUUACUGGUACUAGAUCGGCCAUUAAGGAAGCUGCUAAGAAAGUGGAAUCUAUUGUCUCUGAAGCAAGUGAUUUCAUUACUGAGUCCUUAGAGGUUGAUCGUAAAUAUCAUAGAACUAUUGUCGGGGCUGGUGGUAAUACUUUAAGAACUAUUAUUAAUAAAGCUGGUGGUGAAGAUAUUAGAAAUAAAUCUAUCGAUAUUCCAAAUGCUAAUGCAGAAAGUAACGUCAUUACCAUUCAAGGUCCAAAAUCAUUCGUCGAGAGUGUUAAGAGACAAAUUAAUAAGAUUGUUGAAGAUGGUGAAAAUAGUAUUACUAAGGAAUUAGAAAUUCCAAAUGAAAGACAAGGUGCUUUAGUUGGUCCAGGUGGUAUGGUUCGUCGUCAAUUAGAAACUGAAUUCAAUAUUAUCAUGAAUGUUCCAAAUAAGAAUGAAACUGGUCCUGUUACUUUGACUGGGUUACCAGAUAAUAUUGCUAAGGCUGAAAAGAAAAUAAUGACUGAAAUUAUUAGAGAUAAUUUUGACCGUGAAAUUCAAGUUCCUGCUGCUUUACAAGAAUUUGUUUCUGAACGUGGUGCAUUCACUCAAAAAUUAAGACUCGAGGAAUUCGUUCAUGUUAGACACGGUAAUGCUACUAGAAGAGCCAACCGUUUGAAUCGUCACAAUUUGGUUAUUCCAGUGGAAAAGGUCCGUCCAACUGAAGAAGAAAAGAAGCAACAAUUCAAAGUAACCAUUGAAGAAGUUGGUGAACCACGUAUUGAUGGUGAAGAAGGUGAAAUUCCAUGGAGAUUAACUUAUGAACCAAUUGAUUUCAGUGAAAUUUUAACCGAGGAUAAUGAGUUGAAGGCAGAUACACCAGUCAAGAUAGAUGAAGCUAAGAAAGCGGAAACUUUGGAUAGGGUUGUCAAGCAAAUUGAAGAUAGAAUUGCUAAAGCAGCCACAUCUACUUUUGUUGGUUACGUUUGGUGUGCUGAUCCAAGAAAAUUCAAUAAAUUAGUUGGACCAGGUGGAUCUAACAUCAAGAAGAUUAGAGAUGAAGCAGAUGUUGUUAUUGAUGUUCCAAAGAGAUCUGAUAAGGUUAAGGAUAUUGUUUAUGUUAGAGGUUCUAAGGAAGGUGUUGAAAAGGCUCAAGAAUUGAUUAUUGAAAACAUGAAGAACUAG